CGCCGCCGCCCGACGGCAGGAUGUUGUUUUGACGCGAGGCGUUGCCGCGCCGGGAGCAGCGCCGGGUGACACCGCGACAGCUGGCGCCGCCGGCCCGAGGUGGCGCCGCCCCUGCAGAUGUGAAAGAUGUCUGAAAAUUCCAGUGACAGUGAUUCAUCCUGCGGUUGGACUGUCAUCAAUCAUGAGGGGUCUGAUGUCGAGAUGGUGAAUUCUGAACACGGCCCAGCCCGUGACCGCUGUGAGCUCACACCAGAAUGUUCACCCUUAGAGCAAGAGGAGCCACAAGAAGUACAACUGGAGCAGGGAGAGAGCAGCCAACGUGGCCCAGAGUUAUCGGGGGACGCCGGCUACCCAGCACUGGAGGAAGUGAAGUCAGCUCUUGAGGGAGAGGAGGAAAAGUCUCUUGAAGAUCAUGUUUACUUCGGGACUGUUAGUGACGAUUCUGAUAUAGUGACCCUUGAGCCACCCAAGUUGGAAGAAGUAGGAGGUCAAGAAGAUGCUCCCAUCACUGAAGAAGCACCGAGUCUGCAGGACUUCCACAUGGGCUCCUCCUCCAGCAGCCAGUACACAUUCUGCCAGCCCGAAACGGAAAGGUGGUGGGGGAAGCUGUGGAAGAUUCCAGAAUGCAUAAGGGGCUGGGAUGACCGGCUGAAACACCAUGUUCCUAGCCAGCUCGCUUCCCCAGUAUUCUCAUCUCAGCCUAGUCAGGAUGAGUCCAGCAGCGAUGAGACCAGCCAUCAGCCCAGCCCUACCCUUCGACGGCGCCGGGCCAAGAAGAGGCCUCUUUCUGGCUCGGACUCUGAGGAGCAGCUACUUGCUGAGCAGGAAGCCGGUCCUCCCGAAGGCCCAUGCAGACGCCCGUUCAGCAGCGGCCUCAAUAAGUGUGUGAUACUUGCCCUGGUGAUCGCCGUCAGCAUGGGAUUUGGACAUUUCUACGGCACAAUUCAGGGUCAGAAGCAUCAGCAGUUAGCCAGAAAGAUUCAUGAAAGUGAACUGAAUUAUGUGAAGGAUUACCUUUCUCACUGUCAACAGGAACAAGAGUCUUUUACCGAUCAUAAGUCAUUGAAGAAAAAUCUUGCGAGGUGUUGGACCCUUACUGAAACAGAGAAGCUGUCCUUUGAAACUCAGAAGAAGAACCUUGAUACAGAAAACCAGCACUUAAGAAUGUCUCUGGAGAAGGCAGAAAAGGCUUUGUCUUCACUGCAGGAAGAGUUAAGGAAACUAAGGGAACAGAUUAGGGUACUAGAAGACAAAGGUACAGGCACAGAACUAGCCACAGAAAACCAGAAACUAAAGCAGCACUUGGAAGAAGAGAAGCUGAAAACACACAGCUUCCUUACUCAGAGGGAGACUCUGUUGGCAGAAGCAAAGAUACUUCGGAAGGAACUGGAACGGGAACGACUAGAAGCCAUGGCACUGAGAAUGGAACUGCAGCAGCUAAGCGCUAGUCAGUCAUACAUCAACCCAGACUCUCCUGGUGAAAAAAGGGAAAUAGAAAUCCUGCGGGAAAGACUCGUGGAGCUGGAGCGGAAGUUAAACUUUGAGCAGCAGCGUUCUGAUUUGUGGGAAAGGCUAUAUAUUGAGGCAAAAGAUCAAAACGGAAAGCAAGAAACUGAUGGAAAAAAGAAAGGAAGCAGAGGAAAAAACAACAGGACUAAAAACAAGUCAAAAGAAACAUUUCUGGGCUCAGUUAAGGAAACGUUUGACGCCAUGAAGAAUUCCACCAAAGAGUUUGUGAGGCAUCAUAAAGAAAAGAUCAAGCAGGCUAAAGAAGCUGUGAAAGAAAAUCUGAAAAAAUUCUCCGAUUCAGUGAAAUCCACUUUCAGGCACUUCAAAGACACCACCAGGAAUAUCUUCGAUGACAAAGGCAACAAAAGGCACAGCACUACGAAAGAGGAAGCAGCUGAGAAGCCAGCACGAGUUUUCAGAGCAUACUCCCACCCGCAGUAUAAGGCACGCACGCCAAGUCAUAACAGUAGAGGCCCUCAGAGUAGAGACGGAAGAAAAGAAAAACCAAUUCACUCGGAAGAAUUUGAGAAAAAUACGAAGUCACAGAAAUGCCGUGCUCAGCAUGACUGCAGUAAAAAUGAUAAUUCGUUUCGAAAGACCUGCUCUGGUGUGUUUGAAUGUGCUCGGCAGGAAUCCAUGAACCUCUUUAAUGUUAAGAUGCUGAAUCCCGUAACGAUAGAUGAGUUUAAACAGCUGAUUGAAAGGUAUCUACUGGAAAAACUGGAUGCCUUUAAUCACUGGGAAGAACUCCAUCAGUUCAUCGACAUGUUCUUCCUAAACGGUGUCUUUAUCCACGACCAGAAGCUCUUCACUGACUUUGUUAAUGAUGUGAAAGAUUACCUUAAGGACAUGAAGGAGUAUCAAGUAGAGGGCGACGGCGUGUUUGAGAAGCUGGAUGGCUAUAUAUAUAGACACUUCUUUGGUCACUCUUUCCCCCCUCCAUAUGGACCCAGUCGACCAGAUAAAAAGCAACGUAUGGUAAAUAUUGAAAACUCCAGGCCUCGAAAGCAAGAGCAGAAGCACCCUCAGCCCCAGCCUUAUAGAAGGGAAGGUAAAUGGCAUAAGUGUGGUCGCACCAACAGACGACACAUGGCGAACCUUGGAAUAGAGUUGGGGCAGUUACCUUUUGAUCCUAAGUACUGACCAUCAUGAUGAAGUUAAAUUAGAAAACUGUAACAUACCUGCUUUACUCGUAUGGAGUUGAAACUAAGAUGAAGUUAUCAAUGAUUUUAAAAAAUCAUUUCUAAGUGUCAGUUUGAUGACUUUCUCAUUACUCAGAAGCAUCAAACAAAAGCUUACUAACCUGCAUUUUCCUGUAGUUUAUUUAGCUUUGCUGAGUUUCUUUUGGCACUGGAAAUGUUCAGCUGUGGUUUUAUUAAGAAAGCCAGGCAUGCAGCAGACUUCCUUUCAGAGUGUGAACUUAACAGCAAGCUCAAAGUCAGACAUGACAAAGUGUAAUUAGUAGUAAUGUGUGUUAAGUUUGCUCUAGAGCUUGGAAAGAAUACAUUGUGGUGGAAUUUCAUCUUUACCAGUUUAUAUUCUUACACUUGCUUCUUGUCUUUUUGUGGGUUCGAGAGCCCCGUUGAUUUGUGAAGAAUUUGCUGUCUUCUUACGAACUUGCUGACUUGUUCUCUUGUGAAAUUUCAAGAAACAAUAAAACUACACCUACACCAUGAGGAAAACUAAA